AUGAGCAGCCGGCUCUCCCGGGCCGCUGGCGCCUGGGGCGUCAGGUGUCUCCGGAGCGCCUCAGGCUUCCGCGUGCCUCGGCCGCCGGGCGUCGUGGACGUGGCGGAGCUGCUGCGAGACGCGACAUCCGCGGGAGAAGAGCCGUGCGCGGCGCGGCGCGAGCCAAGCCAGUGCUCGGUGCUGCUCUUCCCCGGCCAGGGCAGCCAGGUGGUGGGCAUGGGCCGCGGCCUGCUCGGUUACCCGCGCGUCCGCGAGCUCUACGAGGCCGCCCGCCGAGUGCUCGGCUACGACCUGCUGGAGCUGAGCCUGAACGGGCCGCAGGAGGACCUGGACCGCACGGUGCACUGCCAGCCCGCCGUCUUCGUGGCUUCGCUGGCCGCCGUGGAGAAACUGCAUCACCUGCAACCCGCGGUCAUUGAGAACUGUGUUGCUGCGGCUGGAUUCAGUGUGGGAGAAUUUGCAGCCCUAGUAUUUGCUGGAGCCAUGGAAUUUUCUGAAGGUCUGUAUGCAGUGAAGGUCCGAGCUGAAGCCAUGCAGGAAGCUUCCGAAGCUGUCCCCAGUGGGAUGCUGUCUGUCCUCGGCCAGAGUCAGUCCAAGUUCUCCUUUGCCUGUCUGGAAGCUCGAGAACACUGCCAGUCUUUGGGCAUUGAGAACCCCGUGUGCGUGGUGUCCAGCUACCUCUCUCCUGAUUGCAGGGUGAUCGCAGGACACCUCGAGGCUCUGCAGUUUCUCCGAAAGAAUUCUGCUAAGUAUCACUUCAGACGCACCAAAAUGCUGCCGGUGAGUGGGGCCUUCCAUACCCGCCUCAUGGAGCCGGCCGUGGGGCCCCUGGCACAAGUUCUAAGCGAGAUUGACAUCAAGAAGCCUCUGGUUGCUGUCCACUCUAACAUCAAUGGGAACAGGUACGUGCAUCCCCAGAACAUCCGGCAACUGCUGGAGAAGCAGGUGGUCUCGCCAGUGAAGUGGGAGCAGACAAUGCAUGCCAUCUAUGAGAGGAAGAAGGGCACCGACUUCCCCCGGACGUUUGAAGUGGGCCCCGGGAAGCAGCUGGGAAGCAUCUUGAGGAGCUGUAACCUGCAGGCUUGGAAGUCCUACAGCCACGUGGACGUGAUGCAAGCCAGUGACCACCCAGACCUGGACCCCACAGAGUCUCUGCGGUGACCACUGAGGGGCACAAGGCGUGGCCCCAGCCUGUGGAGCCUCUGGGGUAUUGGUGAAAUGCUGUCAGUGCCACAGUCUGUGACCCCGCCUACUUCUCCCCUUUGGCAAAAUGUUUGGAGGAAAAACAGCUCCCGUGUGGGUUAGGUGACAAGCCUGCAUGGCAUUCUGGCUCCAGCCAGUCCAGACCCUCAGUGAGCCCGGGAAGGGCUAGCCUGGGGUAGCCUUGUGCCUGGCAUGUGGGGGAUGUGCACACAUUGCUUGGCCUCAAGCUGAGACUGUGCCAGAGUGGCUCCUCCACUGCCUUUUGGCCACCCUGGGACGGUCUCAGUGCCUUUGUCCCCAAAUGUGGGCCCAGUGGGCCUUGGCAGCCACUCUAUCCUCUUUACUUGAUGGCUGGGAGAUUGAGUUCUGUAUUCCAUGUGUACCCAAGAAGUAGAGCAGGUGGUCUCUCUCUGCAUGGGUAGAAAGUGGUCCUGGAGCAUGGUGUGAGUGUGAGUAUGUCUGGGCAUGAAGGAUGGUGGGGCCCAGCUCCCAUGGAGAGAGACGCCCAAGUCAUCCAUGGGAUGGUGGUCUGCGUACAGCCGGGGGCAGCCUUGGUCUCCCUCAGAACGCACCUCCUCUGCUCAUAGCUGGAGUGGUCAGGGCUCCCAGAAGGACGCUGAUCCUUGUACCAGUAUUCCCUGUGAGCCAUUCUGAGUAUGUGCUUGGUUUGCUCCUUUCUCAGCUACCUUUGGAGUGAAACCUCUUGAGUCUGUCUUAUAAUAUCACAAUGCUAGGUAGUCCCACAGCAAGUCCUUUCAAAUAACAGCCUUUGAGCAGACC